AUGGCCAAUUAUCCAAUUUCGUUCACCAGGGUUAUCACAACUCAUGACCCAGAAAGCGGCAAUGCUGUAUUCGAAAAGAAUAUUGAUAGUACCGUGCCGUUCGAAAAAUUUCCAGUCCCGACGGGAAGGCCUCCCACAUCAGACUAUGCUCUUGCAUAUUCGACCACAACAUUUCCGGCCAAUCUAGAUGUCAAACAGUAUAAAUCUAGCUUACAAAAUUUGUCGCCUCUGAAUCCAGAUGGUGGCACAGCUUGCACCAUCGUUGAAGUGCCAUAUGGGAACGACAUUGCUAUGCAUCGGACAGUUAGUCUAGAUUAUGGCGUUGUUAUUGAUGGAACUACUGAGCUAGUACUUGACUCGGGGGAGAAGAAGACUCUCCGGAAGGGAGACGUUUUUAUUCAACGAGGAACUGCUCACGCAUGGCGCAAUCUCACCAAACAAGACGACAACAAUGGUACAUUGCGCAUCUUCUUUGUGUUUCAGCCAAUCGAGAAGAUUCAAGUUAAAGGCGGCGAAUUGGAUCAAGAUUUGACUCUAGGUAUAAAAUAA